CAUAGCAAUGGGUUUCCAGCUCGGUAUACUACAUAAUGCCGAGAUCGGUCAAUGGUGCCAAGUCUAUAAAGAUUGCAUAGUAGCGCUCGCUUGAAUACUAGGCCUAUUGUUGAACGCCAAGUCGCGCCACAUUGUACCUGUAUUUGCCUUCUCAAAGCACUAUACUUCAAGACAAUGGCUUACCUGAGAUCCCUUAUUCUGGGGCUGACCAUUCUCAGGACGGUCGCGGCUUGGGGGACCCUUGGCCACGCUACCGUCGCCUACAUCGCACAGAACUACCUCGACGAGACAGUGGCCACUUGGGCCCAAGGUGUUUUGGCGGAUACUUCCGACUCGUACCUAGCCAACAUUGCGUCGUGGGCAGACACGUAUCGCGCGACCACGGCGGGUAAAUGGUCCGCGCCGUUUCACUUUAUCGAUGCCGAAGAUAGCCCGCCCACAGACUGCAAUGUCGACUAUGACCGCGACUGCGGCGAUACAGGCUGCUCAGUGUCUGCCAUUGCAAACUACACCCAGCGCAUCGGUGACGGACGGCUCAGUGCGGCAAACACGGCGGAAGCCUUGAAGUUUCUGGUGCACUUCGUAGGCGACAUCACGCAGCCGCUGCACGACGAGGCGUUGGACGUAGGUGGCAACACAAUCACGGUAACGUUCGAUGGCUACGACGAUGACAACCUGCACUCGGACUGGGACACAUAUAUUCCCGCAAAGCUGGUUGGGGGGUCUACACUGCCCGAUGCAAAGACCUGGGCCACUGAGCUCAUCACGGAGAUCGACUCCGGCGCUUACAAGAGUCUAGCUUCUAGCUGGAUCGCUGGUGAUGACCCUGACUCCGCUGUAGACACGGCCAUGAGUUGGGCUAGUGAUGCCAACGCCUUGGUCUGCAGCGUUGUUAUGCCGGAUGGCGUUGCCGCUCUACAAACAGGAGACCUUUACCCGACGUACUACAACAGCGUUAUUCCUACUGUGGAGCUGCAGAUAGCGAAGGGUGGAUAUAGGCUUGCCAACUGGUUGAAUCAAAUUUAUUCUGUCAAGGUGGCUAAGGCAAAGCGCGACGGUGGUGCUGUGAUGAUGUCCAAGAAGGAUGUCGAUUUAUCAGGCCGGGACUUCUUGCCUCCUCCGCGACCAUUGAGUGAGGCGAAAAAGAAACGAACUGCAUUUGGGCACCAGUGUAACCAUCAGCACUAA